AUGUCACGGGGACGUUCCUCAUCAAGCAAGAGCAGCAGGGCCAGCACCAGCAGCACCAACACCCCGUCACCGCUGCCUGCGGAUGGAUCGACCGAGAAGAGCGUCGUUGGCACCGUGCCGGGCGGCGACGAGGAGAAGCAGCUUGGGCUCGACGCCGGGGAUGCGACAAGGACCAGGACGUUUGCGCCGAUAAGGGGAGAGGGCGACGACGACGACGACCACGGCGACCACGGCGACCACGGCGUCGAGCACGCCAGCGGCCGACCGCGGAGCCGGAGCCUGCACACUGUGCACUCGCAUCGAUCAUACGCCGGCGGGGAUGGCUACACACGCUGGGAUGAGGACGACAAGCCCGCCGCGCCGUGUGAGCAGUUUGAAGUCACAUGGGACACGCUGCCAGAGUCGCAGGCUUCGGCCGCCGUCCGCAAUCCUCGCCUCAUGAACAAGGCCAGGAGGUGGCUGAUCGUGAUUAUCGUGUCGUCCAGCUCGCUCUGCGUGACAUGCGUGUCGUCCAUUUACACUAGCACAUAUGCCCAGCUGCUCUCCGAGUUCCACAGCUCUCGAAUCGUGGCCACGCUAGGCCUGUCUCUCUACGUCGCCGGCCUGGGCUGCGGGCCUAUGAUCCUCAGCCCCUUAUCUGAAUUUUAUGGCCGCCGGCCUAUCUACAUCGUUUCCUACGGCUUCUUUCUCAUCUGGCUGAUCCCGUGCGCCUUGGCCCAGAACAUGGCCACCACCCUCGUGGCCCGCUUCCUCGACGGCCUUUCCGGCUCAGCUUUCUUGAGCGUGGCCGGUGGAACCGUGGGCGACUGCUUCGCGAGGCACGAGCUCUCAGCCCCAAUGAUGAUUUACACUGCGUCGCCGUUCACUGGGUAA